AACGAUGAUUCACUGAAGUGUCGUCCAUUUCCACUGAAAAACUGCAGUCUACAAUAAUGCAGUGAGAAAAAUAAUAAUAAUAAUAAUGAUAACAGGACCGAGCUGAUGCUGAUGUUUCAGGGUUUUGCACAUUAAUAAUUGGGAUCAAACAUUUAAUAUGGCUUUAAAAGGAACUCCUCAGAAUCAAGGGAAACAUGAUUUGAGGAUCAUCCUUCUUGGAGGUCGAAAUUCAGGAAAGAGCCUAGUGGGAAAUGCCAUCCUAAACCAAGAAGAGUUCAUCCUCCAUGAGAGAACAACAUGCCUGAAAAGAAAAGCAGAAAAUCAAGGCAGAAGUGUGACAGUAGUGGAUACUCCCAGCUGGUGGUGUGACUUUUCAGCACAAGACACACCAGAGCUGGUCAAGAGAGAAAUCAAGCACAGUGUCUCUCUGAGUCGGCCAGGACCACACGUCUUUCUGCUGGUGGUGAAAACCGACUCGAAGUUCAUAGAAAAGCGAAGAAGAGCUGUUGAAGAGCAUCUGGAGCUUCUCGGAGAGACGGUUUGGAGUCACACUAUAGUGGUGUUCACAAAGAGUAAAAACGCAGCGAAUAAAUCAUUUGAAGAUCAUGUUCAGGCAUGGGGUAAACCUCUGCAGUGGCUCCUGAAGAAGUGCAAUGGGAGAUUUUACAUUCUUGAUGAUCAAAACACAUCUAAAGUAAUGGAACUGAUGGAGAAAAUUGACCAACUGGUGGAAGAAAAUGAAGGACGUCAUUUUGAAAUGGAUGUGAAGAGUUUAGAGGAAGUAGAGGACCGGAAGAGUGGAGCGGAGCUCAGGGCUCAACAGAGACUGAUGGAGAUGCUCAAUCAGAGGUCUAAUAUGAAAGCGCACUCAUCUCCUCAGAAAAGCAUAAGACUCGUCCUGCUUGGAGCCAAAGGCUCAGGGAAGAGCUCGACAGGAAACAGCAUUCUGGCAGCAGGAGGUGAAGUAAGCUUCAUAGCAAAGAAGCGAACCACACAAUGCAUGAGCAGAACAUUGAUAACAGGAGGAAGAAAGGUCACAGUGGUGGACACGCCAGGCUGGUGGAUGAACUUCUUUAUGGAGGAUUCUUCAGCAUUUGAUAAAGAGGAAAUAGCCAAGAGUGUGAGCUUGUGUCCGCCGGGUCCUCACGCUUUUCUUUUGGUGGUGCGAGUGGACAGGUCAUUCACAGAGACCUACAGAAGAGCCAUUGAAGAGCAUGUAGAGCUUAUAAGUCGGAACAUCUGGAGUCACUCUAUGGUGCUGUUCAGUUUUGGAGACUGGCUUGGAGAAACCACCAUAGAGAAUUACAUUGAAAGCGAAGGAAAACCCCUCCAGUGGCUCGUGGAGAAGUGUGGAAAUCGAUAUCAUGUGCUGAACAACAAGAGUCUGGGGAACGUGUUUCAGAUCACAGAGCUACUGGAGAAGAUAGAGGAGAUGAUCAUCGGAAAUAACGUAAGCCGCUUAGAAACAGAUGAGAGGCUUUUUGAGGCGAUUAAAAGAAAACGGACAGUAGAGGAAGAAAGGGCGAAUCUGAGACAAGUCGAUGUGAGGAGGAGAAGAGAAAACUUGAGGGAUUUCAAGAAGCAGGUUGAACUGCCUUCAGCUGUAAGAGUGAUUCUCUUGGGCGCCAAACACUCUGGAAAGACAUCUUCUGCGAGCUGCAUUUUGGGUAAUGAUGAACAAGAGGCUCACAGCCAAAACCCCAUAAGAGGUUCAGUUAUAUUCAACGAGACAAAGGUUGAGGUCAUAGACACACCAGGCUGGAUGACUGAGUAUUCAGAUCCUGCAGAGUUCAGCAGGCAGCUUCACACUGACUGGGUUUCUGGUUCAGCCAAUGGCAUCUGCAUCCUCCUGCUGGCUGUCAAUGCAAGUUCUUCAUUCACGUUAAAAAAGCUGAAAGCAGCCGAGAAACAUUUGCAUGCAUUAGGAGGGAAUGCAUGGAGCAGCGCUCUCGUGUUGUUCACAAAUGGAGACUGGCUUGGGGAUGGUGGCGUAGAGCAGUAUAUUGAAAGUGAAGGAGAUGCACUGCAUGCGCUGGUGGAGAAAUGCGGAAAUAGAUAUCAGGUGUUCAACAAUAAGAUCAAGCACAAUGACAGUCAGGUCACAGAACUGAUGCUGAAGAUAGAGGAGAUGGUGCUGGAGCGGAUGAUCAACAGCCAUGCAAAUCAAGGGAAUAUUGAACAACCUAUAGUACAUGAAGCACUGCCAUUCAGUGGAAAGUCUAACAUCCAUCUUGGUGAUCCUGACACUGAAAAACAUCCUCAAAUGAUCGGAUCACUCCCAUCUACAUCUGCUGAUGCGAGAACUACAAUCACAGACAGUCUUUCACAAAACAAAACUCAAACCCUGGCCUGCAGAAGUGCACGAUUAUCUGACAGGACGUCUUCAUUACCCAGAAACCUUCAUCCAAGACUAGUAGUGAUCCUCAAUGCCUCUGAAUGGCUUCACACAAAUGAUCCAUGGACGAAUGUGUCUGAAAUUAGUUCCCCAACUCAACAAUCAAUAAACAUACAACAAUUAUUCAGGAGCGAAUCACUGGAGGAAAGGUUUCAUGUGCCAUCACUUUCAUAUUUGCACAGGAAUGUGCCUCACACAGCUCAAACCGCAAAAGAGAAAGCUUUUAUAGAUUUCGUCCAAUCGGAAAGCCUGCAGAAACUAAUCAACCAAUGGGGUGACAGCAACAUAGAGGAGCUGGAGGCGUUUAUAGACUCAUAUUUUGAGAUGGUGUGGCAGGAGAAUCAAUGCAGCAGUAUGAAUCCAAGUAUCAGCUGUGAACGUUCGGGAAUCACUGAGAGAGAUCAGAGUCAUUUGGCUUCGAUAGACAGAAAACUGUCGAAACUUGACAUCCUAGAGGGAGUUCAGAGAGACUUGUGGGAGCUGAAGCAAAGCGUCGAGCAAUGUAGUAGGAUAUUUCAGGAGCUGAAGGACAGAAAUAAGGAGAUACGUGACUCUAGUCGACCCUCUGAAGAAACAGCGUCAGCAGAAAGUUAGGAAAGGGAUUUAAAUGUGAACGCAGCUUUUCUAGAACUGAAAUGACAACAAUGUACUAAAAUAGUAAGCAUAUAUGGGCCAUAACUGUAACGUCAUUGUUUAAAGUGGUGAGAUUUUUAUUAAUUCAUAAAACCACAAAUUUUUAUAUUUUGUUUUGUUUUUUAUAUACAGUUGAAGUCAGAAUUAUUAGCCCCCCUGUUUAUGUUUUUCCCCAAUUUCUGUUUAAUGGAGAUUUUUUCAACACCUUUCUAAACAUAAUAGUUUUAAUAACUCAUUUCUAAUAACUGAUUUAUUUUAUCUUUGUCAUGAUGACAGUAAAUAAUAUUUAAACUAGAUAUUUUUCAAGACACUUCUAUACAGCUUAAAGGACAUUUAAAGGCUUAACUAGGUUAAUUAGGUUAACUAGGCAGGUUAGGGUAAUUAGGCAAGUUAUCGAAAAAAUAUAGCUUAAAGGGGCUAAUAAUUUUGACUUUAAUAUGGUUUUUAAAAAAUUUAAAACUGCUUUUAUUUUAGCCAAAAUAAAUCAAAUAAGACUUUCCUCAGAAGAAAAAAUAUUAUCAGACAUACUGUGAAAAUUUCCUUCCUCUGUUAAACAUCAUUUGGGAAAUAUUUAAAAAGAAAAAUAAAUUCAAAGGGGGGCUAAUAAU